AUGCAUUUUCUUCAACUCUCUCUUGCCGCCCUGGUUGGCGUUGCUCAAGCCGUCGACGUCCAGGUUGUCUCCGUAGGCAGGAACUCGGCUACAAAUGCAACUGGCCUCAAGUUCUGGCCCGAGAAGAUCACAGCAGAGCCCGGCACCAUGGUGCAGUUCCAGUUCUGGGCAGGAAACCACACCGUCACACAGUCCACCUUUGACGACCCUUGUAUUCCUAUUGGCAACAUCAACUCGAGCAUUGAGGGCAUCUACUCGGGUUACAUGCCUGUCGAGGCCAGCAUGGCCAUGGGCAUGAUCCCCACUUACACCAUCGAAAUCAAGGACAAGAAGCCCCUGUGGCUGUACUGCAGCAAGGCCAAGCACUGCCAGGGUGGAAUGUCCAUGGUCAUCAACGAGAACACUGCUGCCAACUCUUCUCGAUCUCUUGACAACUACCGCACCGGCUGCCAGUCUGCCACCGGAGCUGACGUUGUUCCUGUGAAUGAAGGUUCGUCUGGCGGCGGCAACAACGGAGGCAGUAACGGUGGCAGCGGUGGUGGUAGCGGUAGCGGCAGCGGUAACGACUCUGGCUCCGGCUCCGGCUCUGGCGGUGAUAGCAACAAUGGUGGUGACAGCAACAACGGCGGCGACAGCAGCAACGGUGGAAGCGGAAGCGGCUCUGGCUCUGGUUCCGGUUCUGGCAGCGGAGAUGGCAGUGGAAGCGGCUCCGGCUCUGGCUCUGGUGGCGACUCGCCUCUGCCGACUGGCAUCCAGACUCCGGCCCCUACUGGUACUCCCACUGCCGGCAGCCCUGCCUCAACCGAGUCCGUGGUUACAGCAUCUGCGCCCAAGCUGCUCGCACCAAGCUCACUGGUGCUGGCUGUCGGUGCCGCCUUGUUGCUGUUGUAA